AUGUCGAAGAAACGGACCCUGGACAGCUUUUUUAAGCCCUUGUCGCAACACAACAUCGCACCCUCACUUGUCACUGGUCCAGCAUCAUCGUCCACGAUAUCCACCAAGAAACAACGUGUCAACGUCAGCUUCGACCAUCCUGCCGAUCGCUCGCAUGAGCUGCCCUCCACUCACCCAACCUACCCUUUCCCCAUUCCUCUCCUCCCCGCCUCUGUCCUCUCCGCUCUUGGCCCGCCCAGCUCCGCCCAGACCGAACUGGCAGCGAGUAAAGACAAUGGCAAAAACACCGAACCAUCUCCUGAUCCCUCUUCAUCUGCCCUGACCAACUCCAACGCCACCUGCCCCGCCUCUAUCGGCCACCCCAUCAACGACCAACCCUAUCUAGACCUUGUCUACUAUGAACCAUUCCUACCCCGCUCCGCCGCCAACGCUCUCUUCUCCUUUCUGCGCACCUCCCUCCCCUUCUACCGCGUGCGCUACCGCAUCCAACGAGGCGGCAUCGACACGCAGAUCAACACGCCGCGGUACACGACCGUCUUCGGCGUCGACGAGUCGUCCCGCUUCGACGCCCUCUCCGGCCUCGUGACCGAACGGGAGUCGGGCAGGCCGGUGGCGAGGGACCGGUACGGAUGCCGACCCCGCCCGAUGCCCGAUUGCUUGGACCGGCUGCGGGUCGCUGUGGAGAGGGAGACGGGCGAGCGCUUCAACUUCUGUCUGGUAAAUUACUACGCCAGCGGCGAGGACAGCAUUUCGUAUCACAGCGAUGACGAGAGGUUUCUGGGCAAGGAUCCGGCCAUUGCCUCGUUGUCGCUGGGGGCGAGGAGGGAUUUUUGUAUGAAGAGGAAGCCACAACCAAAGGGCACGGUUGAAGGCGAGGAUGGGAAGAGUGGGAAAGCGGAGAAGCCGUUGAAGCUGGCGCUUGGUAGCGGAGACAUGGUUCUCAUGCGCGGGACAACGCAGGCGAACUGGUUACAUAGCAUUCCGAAAAGAAAGGGUGGGGAGAGCGGGAGGGGUAGGAUCAACAUUACGUUCAGAAGAGCGAUGGUCAGAGGGGGCACGGAGAAUUACUAUCAGUACAAUGUGGGAGAUGGGCCAGUGUAUAGGUGGGAUGAGGCGAAGGAGGAAAUGAGAGUUUGGGAGCCGGCCAAGGAGGACUCUUGA